AUGGCAGCCGGUGUUGCAGCAUGGCUGCCCUUUGCCAGGGCAGCAGCCAUUGGGUGGAUGCCUGUUGCCUCGGGGCCUAUGCCAGCUCCCCCAAGGCAGGAGAGAAAGAGGACUCAGGAUGCUCUAAUUGUGCUGAACGUGAGUGGCACCCGCUUCCAGACAUGGCAGGACACCCUGGAACGGUACCCGGACACUCUUUUGGGCAGUUCUGAGAGAGACUUUUUCUACCACCCAGAGACCCAACAGUAUUUCUUUGACCGUGACCCGGACAUCUUCCGUCACAUCCUCAAUUUCUACCGCACAGGGAAGCUUCACUAUCCCCGCCAUGAGUGCAUCUCUGCUUACGAUGAAGAAUUGGCCUUCUUUGGCCUCAUCCCAGAAAUUAUUGGCGACUGCUGUUAUGAGGAGUACAAGGACCGCAGGCGGGAGAAUGCCGAGCGCUUGCAGGAUGAUGCGGACACUGACAACACGGGAGAGAGUGCGCUGCCCACCAUGACUGCUAGGCAGAGGGUCUGGCGGGCCUUUGAGAACCCUCACACCAGCACCAUGGCCCUGGUGUUCUACUAUGUGACUGGGUUCUUCAUUGCUGUCUCGGUCAUCGCAAAUGUGGUGGAAACAGUUCCAUGUGGGUCUAGCCCAGGCCACAUAAAAGAACUGCCUUGUGGGGAACGGUAUGCAGUGGCCUUCUUCUGCUUGGAUACCGCCUGUGUCAUGAUCUUCACUGUUGAGUACUUACUCCGCCUAGCCGCAGCACCCAGCCGGUACCGUUUUGUGCGCAGUGUCAUGAGUAUCAUCGACGUGGUGGCCAUCCUGCCCUAUUACAUUGGGCUGGUCAUGACAGAUAAUGAGGAUGUCAGUGGAGCCUUUGUCACACUCCGAGUCUUUCGAGUCUUCAGGAUCUUUAAGUUUUCCCGCCACUCUCAAGGCCUGCGCAUCCUGGGGUACACACUGAAGAGCUGUGCGUCAGAAUUGGGCUUCCUGCUCUUUUCUCUCACUAUGGCUAUCAUCAUUUUUGCUACGGUUAUGUUUUACGCAGAGAAGGGGUCAUCAGCAAGCAAGUUCACCAGCAUCCCAGCAGCCUUCUGGUACACCAUCGUCACCAUGACAACACUGGGGUAG